UGGUUCUCUGGGUUGAUCGAGGAUAAUGAAUGGCUUAUUGGCAAAGGGAUGGCUUUGGAUCCAGAACGUUUCUACAUCAUCGUCGUCGCGAUGUUAGGAAAUGGUCAAAGUAGUUCUCCCAGUAAUACGCCUGAGCCAUGGAACGGACCGAGGUUUCCGCGUAUUACCUUUCAUGAUCAAGUUAGAGCUCAGCGCCAGCUAUGCGAUCACUUACAGAUUAAAAAACUCCACACUGUCAUCGGUUGGUCGAUGGGUGCCGGACAAUCGUAUCAAUGGGCUGUCUCUUAUCCAGAAAUGGUGGAGAGAUGUGUCCCUUUCUGUGGCUCCGCAAAGACAUCAGAACACAACAUUACCUUCUUACAAUCUCUGGAAAGUACACUUCAAUUGGAUCCUGCCUUCAAUCAAGGUUGGUACCAGAUUCCUCCUCAGCAAGGUUUGAGAGCGUUUGCACGAAUCUAUUCAGCUUGGGGAUUCUCUCAAAGCUUUUAUCGUGAAAGGUUAUAUGUUAAAAUGGGAUUCCCAACUCUUGAUUCCUUCUUGAUUGGUUUUUGGGAGGAUCUCUUUCUCAAAAAAGAUGCCAAUAAUCUUUUGUCGAUGCUCUUUACAUGGAUCAACGGGGAUAUUUCCGCUUCACCAGCCUUUGGAGGCGAUUUUGAGAAAGCUUUGAAGUCAAUCAAAGCAAAGACUCUUAUCUUACCAAGCCAAACUGAUCUAUAUUUCCCGCCAGAGGAUAAUCACCUUGAAGCUGCUCACAUCACAGACUGCAAGCUCAAAGUGAUACCUAGUAUCUGGGGACACUUUGCUGGUGGUUAA